GAAAUAGGCGUUUUACAAUCCUGAUGGGCGUCAAGCUUGCAAGUCAAUGCCUGGUCUUGAUGGCAAGGAUUUGACGAGGUACACGGAGAUGAAGUGGGUGCAGGUGGGACAGCCGACGUCCACCUUCCGCAGCACUCUGCUGCGGGAUCCGAAGAUCGAGGAGCAUCCAUCCAACGGUGGGUAGUUUGA